CAAAAGGCUCCAUUCUCAUUUCUCUGUUUUUCAACUUUAGUUCAAAAAACUUGGGAAUAUCCGACUACAAAGAUACCACCUUUUAAUACAAAAUCAGAUCAUCGUCGUGUUUUACGAAUCUAGGCUUUUUUGAAUUGACAUGUCGGAGGAGAAAGUCGUCGCCGUGAUCAUGGUUGGUGGUCCGACCAAAGGAACUCGAUUUCGCCCAUUAUCGUUCAAUACACCGAAACCACUGAUUCCUUUGGCUGGUCAACCUAUGAUUCAUCAUCCUAUUUCUGCUUGUAAAAAGAUAUCAAAUCUUGCUCAGAUUUUUUUGAUUGGAUUUUACGAGGAACGAGAAUUCGCUUUGUAUGUCUCUUCAAUAUCUAACGAGCUGAAAAUUCCAGUCCGAUACUUGAAAGAAGAUAAACCACAUGGUUCGGCUGGUGCUCUUUAUUACUUUCGUGAUAGAAUUAUGGAAGAAAAACCGUCAAAUGUUUUCCUCCUGAACUGUGAUGUUUGCUGUUCUUUCCCUCUUCAAGGCAUACUUGACGCACAUCGAAGAUAUGGUGGUAUUGGAACUAUGCUAGUAAUCAAGGUUUCUGCAGAAGCAGCCAGCCAAUUUGGAGAAUUGAUAGCUGAUCCUGAUACUAAAGAACUCCUGCAUUAUACAGAGAAGCCCGAGACUUUCGUCAGUGACUUGAUAAACUGUGGUGUCUAUGUGUUUACCUCUGAUAUCUUCAAUGCCAUUGAAGAAGUAUAUAGCCAAAUAAGAGACACAUCUAGCAACUACCAAUCUGCUACAAGGUCUGUUCCUGCGGAUUUUGUGAGAUUAGAUCAAGAUAUAUUGUCACCUCUUGCUGGAAAGAAGCAACUAUACACAUAUGAGAAUAAGGAUUUCUGGGAACAAAUUAAGACUCCGGGGAAAUCUUUGAAAUGCUCGGCUUUAUAUCUUUCCCAAUUCCGCCAAACAUCGCCUCAUAUUUUAGCUUCAGGAGAUGGUACUAAUAGGAAACCGAAUAUAAUUGGUGAUGUUUAUAUUCACCCAUCCGUAAAACUGCAUCCAACCGCGAAGAUUGGUCCAAAUGUGUCGAUCUCAGCAAACGUUCGUGUUGGACCUGGUGUAAGGCUUAUUAGCUGCAUAAUCUUAGACGAUGUUGAAAUCAAGGACAAUGCUGUUGUUAUAAACUCAAUUAUUGGAUGGAAAUCUUCUAUAGGUAGAUGGUCAAGAGUUCAAGCUAGUGGAGAUUACAAUGAGAGGCUUGGGAUUACCAUUCUUGGUGAGGCUGUAACUGUAGAAGAUGAAGUUGCAGUCAUUGGAAGCAUUGUUCUCCAGAAUAAGACUCUUAAUGUUAGUGUUCAAGAUGAUAUAAUCUUGUGAUUUAUCACCAUGAUUAUCGUUCGGAUUUUUUUCUUUUUAAUUGAAACAGAAAAAGAAUUACAGAAUUGUGUCUUACAUGAAUUGAGUUCACAGGAUUAGAUUUUGAGUUAGUAGAACUAUGGAAGAUUUGUAAACUCUCAUUGUACUUUGUUUUUAUAUACUAAAAAGAUUUUAGAAGAAA